AUGGACCCCUCCGUCCCAGACCCCAUCAAGGACGGUUAUGUUCUAGGUAGGGACAUGGCAGACAUCAUGACACACAUGUAUGGCUCGAGGCCUUCCGACGUCGAUGUGGCAGCACUGCAGUGCCGCUUAGGCGCCACGGCGGAGGCGACUACUCUCAGCUGGGAGGAGUUUCUCUACAUUGCCUAUCCGCACGGGCCACAGGUGGGUGAUCGUCUCUGGGGCAUGAUGUGCACGCCUCUCUCAAAUCCAAUCGAGGUCAUGCACUGCUGA